CAGCAGGCGGGGAAGAUGAAAGGUAGCCGGGUCGAGCUGGGAGAGGUGACACCACACAAUAUUAAACAGUUGAAGAGAUUGAACCAAGUCAUCUUUCCAGUAAGCUACAAUGACAAGUCCUACAAGGACGUACUGGAGGUUGGAGAGCUAGCAAAACUUGCCUAUGUCAAUGAUAUUGGUGCAGUAUGCUGUAGGGUGGAUCAUUCACAGAAUCAGAAGAGGCUUUACAUCAUGACACUAGGAUGUCUGGCACCUUACCGAAGGCUAGACAUAGGGACGAAAAUGCUAAAUCACGUCUUAAACAUCUGUGAAAAAGAUGGCACUUUUGACAGUAUUUAUCUGCAUGUGCAGAUCAGCAAUGAACUGGCAAUUGACUGCUACAGGAGAUUUGGCUUUGAGAUUAUUGAGACAAAGAAGAACUACUCUAAGAGGAUAGAGCCAGCAGAUGCUCACGUGCUACAGAAAAACCUCAAAGUCCCUUCUGGUCAGAAUGCAGGUGCGCAAAAGACAGACAACUGA